ACCGUUCCCGCUGCGCCCGCGGCUGGCCCGCGGCUGGCCCGGCAGGCUCCAAGAUGGCCUCACCCCAAGUCCCCCGGAAAGCCUUGGGGGACACCAGGAAAGGUUCAGGAGAGACUAGGACGGGUUCAGAAGACACUAGGACCGGUUCAGAAGAGACUAGGACGGGUUCAGAGGAGACUGGGAGGGGUUCAGAGGAGACUAGGACGGGUUCAAAAGAGACUAGAAGGGGUUCAGAGGAGACUAGGACGGGUUCAGAAGAGACUAGGAGGGGUUCAGAGGAGACUGGGAGGGGUUCAGAGGAGACUAGGAUGGGUUCAAAAGAGACUAGAAGGGGUUCAGAGGAGACUAGGACGGGUUCAGAAGAGACUAGAAGGGGUUCAGAGGAGACUAGGAGGGGUUCAGAGGAGACUAGGAUAGGUUCAAAAGAGACUGGGAGGGGUUCAGAGGAGACUAGGAUAGGUUCAAAAGAGACUGGGAGGGGUUCAGAGGAGACUAGAAGGGGUUCAGAGGAGACUAGAAGGGGUUCAGAGGAGACUAGAAGGGGUUCAGAGGAGACUAGGAGGGGUUCAGAGGAGACUAGGAUAGGUUCAAAAGAGACUGGGAGGGGUUCAGAGGAGACUAGGAUAGGUUCAAAAGAGACUGGGAGGGGUUCAGAGGAGACUAGAAGGGGUUCAGAGGAGACUAGAAGGGGUUCAGAGGAGACUAGGACGGGUUCAGGGGAGACUAGGACGGGUUCAGGGGAGACUAGGACGGGUUCAGGGGAGACUAGGACGGGUUCAGGGGAGACUAGGACGGGUUCAGGGGAGACUAGGGAGGAUUCUAAAGAUAGCAGAAUAAUUAUUGAUGAGAUGAGGAAAGACACAGAAGAGGUCCAGAAGAGCUCUGGCAAGACCAGGAAGAGUUAUGUUAAGGUCAAGAAGAAGAGGAGGAAGAGUACUAAACAGAAGGGGCCUGAGCCCAAGAAGUUGGAUUUUGUCAAGGACAGUUGGCAGAAGGGGUCUCUUGAGAUCAAGAAGUUGGAUUUUAUCGGGGACCGUUGGCAGACGGUGUCUCUUGAGCCCAAGAUGUUGGGUUUUGUCGAGGACCCUUGGCGGAAGGGGUCUCUUGAGCCCAAGAUGUUGGAUUUUGUUGAAGACCCUUGGCAGAAGGGGUCUCUUGAGCCCAAGAUGUUGGAUAUUGUUGAGGACAGUUGGCAGAAGGACUCUUUUGAGGCCAUGAAGUUGGAUUUUGCCGAAUACAAUUGGAUUUCGAUAGAUAACAGGAGAGUUUCGGCAGACAGCAAGAGGAGUUCGGUCGAUAGCAAAAGGAGUUCGGUCGAUAGCAAAAGGAGUUCGGUCGAUAGCAAGAGGGGGUCGAUAGACAGCAGAAAGUUUUCCGUCGAUAGCAAAAGGGAUCCAGUCGAUAACAAGAGGGAUUCAGUCGAUAGCAAGAGGUUUUCCGUCGAUAGCAAGAGGUUUUCCGUCGAUAGCAGAAGGGUUUCCAUCAGCAGCAAAAGGAGUUCGAUCGAUAGCAAAAGGAGUUCAGUUGAUAGUAGGAAAAGCUCUGGCGGGACUUUGCUGGAUUUCAGUGAAGACAGGAGGAGUUCUGGCGAGGAUAGAGACAUUUCCAGUCUCGCCAGGGUGCGACACAGUAGGGUGCCAUGGGCCACCCUGAUGAGAGCACUGGGUCGUUUCAAGCUGUAUCUCCCACAUAUCCGUCGGUAUUAUAAUCUGUCCUCCCGUGACCCCCUGGCCUUAGACAAGGAUUUUCUUCUGCCACGUGAGAAGCACCUCAAGGCAACAGUGCAGAAGUCCUGGGGCAACCAGCAGCCUCUCUCUAAGAUCCCGUAUAAAACUCUGACUGGGCAUGACCAAACCGUGAGUUCCUGCCACUUUUGUAUGGACGACACAAGGUUGCUCAGUAGUUCUUAUGACUGCACUGUGAAACUGUGGGACGCUGAAGACGGAACUGUGAUUUGUGACUUUGAACCACGACCCAAAGCUCCUGUUUUAGAAUGCAGUAUCACAGCUGACAACAGAAGGAUCGUGGCAUCAUCUUAUGAUAAAACGGUGAGGGCUUGGGACGUUGAGACAGGUCAGCUUCUGUGGAAAGUCAGGCACGACACCUUCGUAGUGUGCUGCAAAUUCUCUCCCAACGGGAAGUACGUGCUGUCAGCCUUGGAUGUGAAUCGCGGGAUCUACCUAAUGGAUCCAGAAAACAUCACCUCCGUGAUCCAUAUGAAAGCUCAACACCAAAGGUCCAUCACUUCAUGCUGCUUUGACCCCGACAGCCAGAAGGUGGCUUCUGUCUCCAUGGACAAGAGUAUCAAGAUCUGGGACGUCACAUCCCGAGCCACGCUGUUUACCAUACAGGAGGCACAUACCAACGCCAUCUCAGACUGCUGCUUCACCUUUAGUGGACACUUCUUGUGUACCAGCUCCUGGGACAGAACCAUAAAAAUCUGGAAUGUCCACACGGGGGAGUUUCGAAACCAAGGAGCCUGUGUGACUCUGAUGAAGGGCCACGAGGGCUGUGUGAGCUCCUGCUGCAUUGCCAGAGACAGCUCUUUUCUCAUUUCUGGUGGAUUUGACAAGACCGUGGCUAUUUGGGAUGUAGGAGGUGGCUACCGGAAGUUGUCAUUGAAGGGCCACGAGGACUGGGUGACGGAUGUUGCUAUUAGCAACGACAAGAAGUGGAUCCUCUCGGCUUCAAAGGACAACUCCAUGAGACUAUGGAAUAUUGAAGAAAUCGACAAAAUUCCUUUGGUUUCUGAGAACAAAAGGGCCAUGGGCUUAAAGGUCAGGCAGUGCAGGAAUUGUGACCAGCUUUUCUCCGUCUUAGAGAGUGACGUUUAUUCUCAACUCUCCAACACGUGUCUGUUCUGCCGGAGAGAAAAGAAGAGCUUAUCAUCUAGUUCUUCGUCGUUGUCGUUAUCAUCACUGGAGAGGCUCUGCAUAUGACGCCUGCUGAGCCCUUCGAGUGCUUGAGGACAGACCACCUGCUACACAGCCCAGCCCGCAGUGUUCUUCAGGGCUCUGUUCUGAGCUCCCCUCCCAGAAUGCACCUGCCAGACUGAGGCAAGGGCCAGGCCCCCAAAUAGACUGUCAGCAUGGUCUGCCUCUCUGCCUACCGCAGAACCCUUUCAGAGGGGAGCACUGUUAGUUUUAAUAUAGAAUAAAUCUUGAUUCCUCUGGAAAA